AUGAUAAUGUCCGACAUACACCUCACCACCAGAAAUUCAUUUGAUCACAUAAUAUUGGUUCAUUCCGAAAUGGAGCGUUUCUGUAUUUGCAAGACCCCCGUCUAUUCUACUCGUUGCCUGGCUACUAAGCCUAUUCCUUCUUACAUUGAGAAGAUCAAGGAACUGGCUGCUACUGUCAAGUAUGGCUGCUGCACCAAGUUUGUUAUUAACGGAAAGCCGGUUUGCUGCUGCGAGUGCGAGAAGUACUCCAAGAUGACCAUUACUGACUCCACCUUUGAGGAAACCUGCGAGGGAGCUAUUGAGAACGGUUUUGCCGUUGUUGAUGGAAAGAAGGUGAAGGUUAUGCGUAUUUGGGAGUUCUGCCACUUCACCUAUGUGGUCAGCUACGUGAUCAUUUGUGACUGUGCUGAGGCUGCUGCUGCCCCUGCUGCUGCCCCUGCUGCUGAGAAGAAGGAAGAGGAGGAAGAGGAAGAGGAGGAAGAGGAUCUGUUCGGAGAUGACGACGACGAGGAGGACGAGGAGGCCGCUGCUGCCAUGGAGGCGAAGCUGCGCGCUGAGGCUGAGAAGAAGAAGGCCGCGAAGGAGGCGAACAAGAAGGUGGAGAAGUCUCUGCUGGUGAUCAACAUCAAGCCCUACGACGAGGAGACGGAUCUGAAGGCUCUGUUCGAGAAGAUCCGCGCCACCGAGGUCAAGGGAUGCAAGUGGAGCGAGACCUGCAACAUCGAGCCUCUGGCCUAUGGACUGUGCUUCCUGCAGAUUUCCUGCGUGAUUGAGGAUGAUGUCUGCUCUGAGGAUGAUGUCAUCGAUGCCAUUAUGCAGUUCGAGAAUGACGUGCAGUCCACUGAGACCGCUUCGUUCAACAAGAUUUCUUAAGUUUUAAGUUGUUGGGCUUCAGACUACCUC